AUGAAGAAGAAGGGGUUGGCUCCAGGAGGGAUAUCGUGGAAGCUACAUGUAAUUGUGGUGUCCCUUACUCUCACCAUUGUUGUGUGUAUGUUGCCUUUUCUUAGCCUCCACAGAUUCUCACCAUCACAUUACUCCCAAAUUCCUUCUUCUCGUAGAUCUCUCCAUUCUAAUUGGGAUUCUAUUACCCUCCAUGAAGGGCAACCCAAUCCCAAAGUUGCUUUUCUCUUUCUAGCUCGUCUUCAUUUGCCUCUCGAUUUUGUUUGGAAAUGUUUCUUCCAGAAUGCUGACACUGCUAAUUAUUCAAUAUAUAUACAUUCAGAGCCUGGUUUUGUGUUUAAUGAGUCUACAACAAGGUCACGUUUCUUUCAUGAUCGCCAAUUGAAAAAUAGCAUCAAGGUAGGUUGGGGAGAAGCAAGUAUGAUUGGAGCAGAGAGAUUGUUACUUAAGGAAGCUCUUAAGGAUUCAGCCAAUACAAGAUUCGUUCUCUUGUCAGAAAGCUGCAUCCCGUUGUACAACUUUAGCUAUAUAUACACCUAUUUGACGGCUUCCCCUAGGAGUUUUGUAGACAGCUUUCUUGAUAAAAAAGAACGGCGGUACAACCCAAACAUGGCACUAUAUAUACCAAUGAGCAAAUGGCGGAAGGGAUCACAGUGGAUCACGUUAAUCAGGAAGCACGCAGAAGUUGUUGCUGAUGAUGAUGUUAUCUUUCCUGUUUUCAAGAUGUUCUGCAAGAAAAGAUACAACUGCAUUCCAGAUGAACACUACGUGCAGACAUUAUUGGCAAUGCAUGAUAGUGACGGAGAACUGGAACGUAGAACAAUAACCUAUACAGAGUGGAACCAAUCCGCGUCAAAUAUGGACAAAAAUAGUUGGCAUCCUAUGACAUUUAGCUAUGCAGAUGCAGGGCCUGACAAGAUCAAGAGAAUAAAGGAUAUUGACAAUGUUUACUACGACACUGAGUACAGAACAGAGUGGUGCCAUAAUAAUUCUACACUGGUUCCAUGUUUUUUGUUUGCAAGGAAGUUCUCACGAGGAGCUGCAAUGCAUCUACUGAGUGGAGGAGUAAUUUCUCAGUUUGAUGCCUCUGCUCUAAUGGACCCAACGCCAUGA